AUGUCUAAUGAAACUUACGAUUAUAUUUGGAAAGAAGCUCAACUUUUGCUUGAUGAUGUUUUACAAUUUGACACAAAUACACAAAGUGCAAAACCACCGAAAGAUCGUAAAAAAGCACACAAUGUUACAUCUGAAUUGUAUGUUAGAUACAUUGUUGUCUGUAAUAAAUUAGAACUUUGUUAUGAUCAAUUAGUGCAACCACAAAAGAGGAAUUUAAUUAAAAAAUUAUUGGAUUUAACAAUGGGAAGAAUUUUAGAAUUAAAACAUGAACUUGUCGAAAUUGAUCUAUCGGAGCAUAAUUAUUUUGAUGAUAUUUUAAUAAAAUGUCAAGUGACAUCGAAUGAGGUGGAAAUUCAAGUGCCAAAAUAUUUUCGAAGAGAAAGAGAAAAUGAAAUUCAAGAGAGACGAAAAUUUAUAGAAGAUACAUUGAGAAAUAUUGGCACUCUUGAUGAAAUAAUUGAUCCAAAAAGAAUGACAGAGGCUGAAGCUAUACGACUAAUACAAUCACAUGAACGAGCGAGACAGGGGCGAUUGAGAUUUCAAUUUAUGAAAGAAAUUCGAGAAAUGAAAGAUAGAUCAACAUUGAAACAAGAAACUGGAGUAUCUAAAGAGGAAAGUGACGUGGCUGCAGCUUUGAGGAUUCAAAAAAUUUGGAGGGGUUACACAACCAGAAGACAAAUACGAAAGCGAAGAAUUGAAGAAAUGUUGCUUUUGGGAAUGGUGCAACCUAGUCAAGAAAUAACGGACAACGCCAGACAAGCCGAAAAAAUUGUACAAUACAGAUAUGAAAGACAAUACGAAUAUAAAGAACAAUUCGAAAUACUUACAAAAGAAUGGAAAGAAGCAAUACAAAAAGAAAAGAGUGCUCUUAUGGAAGAAAAUAUCCGACAAGAAAUUCGAAAUUGGGUUAAUUCCUAUUUUCAACAAACUGGUAAAAUUCCUGAACUUCCAUCAGCUGAGAGUGGAGGUUCGAGGAUGAUUUUUAGUAGACAGGGAACCGAGAGCACAAUAAGUAAAUCCACAGCCGGCUCUUCAAAAGAAUCAAAAAGAUCAAAAAAAUCGAAAACAAAAAAAGAAACUGAACCUGAUCGAUCUGAAGAUGAAUCGGAAUCAGGCAUAAGGCAUUUCCCAUCGAAUUUUCUGCCCCAACUUGUUCAGACUAAUGAGAUUUACCUGGAAACUUGGAAAGAUAAAGACGAGUCUAUGAAUCAAGCUCAAGGGCCAUAUAUUGAUAUGAUACAGACUGAAAAAACAAGAGAGGUCGAAGAUGAAGUGAGACUUGUUGUUGACCAUACUCUUAGAGGUGAUAUUGAAGCAUUACAAGCAGCAUUGGAUAGAGAUAGAGGUUUUAAGGGAAGACGAUCAAAAAAGACACAAAAACGAAUUCGACGUAGUGGAAAGAAAAAUAAAAAAAAGAAAGAAAAAGAUCUCACUCCCGAUAGAACACUAGAAUCACUUUUUGAAGAAUUAUUAGUUAAUGGAAUUAUUAAAUUUUAUCCAGAAGUAAAACUUGCUAAUUUUAAAGGAGAAAAAUCUUUUUCUAAUCAUGAACUUCGUGAUAAAGAUAAGGAUCCUUUACCAACUUUAGGAGAUAUAAGACAAUUGAUAAUAGAAUAUUGCAUUUUACCACUUGGAAAUGAAAUUGUAAGGGAACAUACACCAUUAGUGAGAUCGGUUUUAAUAGCAGGUCCUCAUGGAAGUGGUAAAAAAAUGAUAGUUAAUGCAAUUUGUACUGAAUUGGGAGCUACUUUGUUCGAUAUAACACCAGCUAAUAUUGCUGGUAAAUAUCCAGGAAAAACAGGCCUAAUUAUGUUGUUACACUUGCUAUCCAAGGAAAGUGUUUCAAAAUUACUUCAACCAUCCGUUAUUUUUAUGGAUGGGGCGGAGAAGCCUUUUGUCAAAAAAGUACCAAAAUCAGAUAAAACUGAUCCAAAAAGAUUAAAAAAAGAUUUAUCGAAAUUAGUGAAAAAUAUAACUAAUGAAGAUCGGGUAAUACUAAUUGGGACUUCCAGUUCACCAUGGGAAGGAGAUCAAAAACUCUUGUAUCAAACAUAUGAUAAAGUUAUUUUUUUUCCUAGACCUGAUUAUGGUUCAAUGUCAUUAAUUUGGAAGGAGCUUCUUUACAAAUACGCUGGAAUCAGUAGACAAUUUGAUACUUCAGGAAUGGCAAAAGUUUGUGAUGGUUUUACAAUUGGAACCGUGCUUUCAUCAAUAAAUGAGGUAAUGACUACAAAGCGAAUGGUACAGCUAAGAGUACAUCCUUUAACUCAUGGUGAACUAGUGAAUUCCCUCAGUUCAAGAGAUCCAGUUUAUAAAGAAGAAGAAGAAGCUUUUCUGACAUGGUUUUCAAAAACGCCAACGUGUAAAAAAAGACAACGUAUGAUUGAACUUGAACUUGAAAAAUUAGAAGAAGCAAAUGAGAAAAAAAGAAAAGGAAAAAAGAAAUAAGUCAGUUAUAUUGGAAAGAAGAUAUAUAUCAUGAAACGAGUGCAUUGAACAUAUUAAUUCUAUUGUUCAUUAAGAAAUGCAAAACAAAUUGUAAUUUAUGUAAAUUCUA